CUCCUUUGCAGAACGCGCAUUUAUAUCUAUGCUUUCAAUCUAAUCUAGAAGGUAUACUUUGGAAUUCUCCUUGCUUAUCAUCGUCGUCAUCAGUCCGCGAUCGUCCGAUAUUUGCCGUGAACCGUCUGUUCUUCAAGGUAUCAAGAUGCAGGCCCUACCAGAGGCGCGACAACAAACCUUCGAGGAGAUAUACGGACCGCCAGAGAAUUUCCUCGAAAUCGAAGUGAGAAAUCCUCAAACCCAUGGCACAUCUCGCAACAUGUACACCUCCUAUGAAAUUGUCUGCCGCACCAAUAUCCCAGCCUUCAAACUAAAGCACUCCGUCGUGCGCCGUCGCUACUCCGAUUUCGAAUACUUCAGAGACAUCCUGGAGCGAGAAAGCGCACGGGUCACCAUUCCACCGCUCCCGGGGAAGGUUUUCACGAAUCGCUUUAGUGACGAUGUUAUUGAGCACCGACGGGAAGGCUUGCAGCGAUUCUUGCAGAUCGUUGUAGGUCAUCCGCUGCUGCAGACGGGAAGUAAAGUGCUGGCCAGCUUUGUUCAAGAUCCAAACUGGGAUCGCAAUGCAUGGUGACCAAGCAAUGGGCGACCGACUAUGCAUUGGCCUGUGCUGAAGGGCUCCUUUCAUGCCUUUGUAAUGCUUUUAUAUGAUCGAUGAAUAUUGUAUGUAGUCCACUCCUUUCAGAUCUCAAGGAUUUGAUAUUUUAAGUUCCCCCUGAAACCGCGUGAUUCUUCCUGAAGCUUUGUUUGAUGCAUUUUAGUUCCAAUUCACCCUUGGCCAGUAUUGUCAAGUGGAGUGCACCCAUGGAACGAUGUCAAAAUCAGCCCGCUUCUUUUGGUCUUGCUGUACUGUCUCAUUAUCGUAUGACCAGGACACUGUGUUCCUUUUUGAUUAAGCGAAUAUGAGCGAUGAGGAGUUCAGGCAU